CCUCUCUCGCACCUGCGUGUCCCUCCGCGCUCGGGCUGGUGCAACUUCUCCCUGCGCUAGCCGGGAAGGGGUUUUGGCCUUGCCUCUCGCGAGAUCGUCUCCAGUUGCUGCCGCGGCCGUUUCUGGCCGCUGACUGGCGGCGCCUGCGCAGCCGCCAUGUUCGGUUGCUAUGCUGCGGCCUGGGAGACGGGGUGUGCUUGAGGCAGGAGGAGGAGACAGAGGAGGAGGAAAAGGAGGGGGGUGGUUUAGCUCCUCUUGCACUCUCACACACAAACGCUGCCCAGGAUUACCCACCCGCUCCCGCCGCGCUGCGCGCUUUUCCGCUCCUCGUGGCCCCCCCACAUUGUUCUCUCAGGACUCCUGGGUCCCCAGGGGCUGCAGUUGGACCUGAGCCGGGGAGGGACGAGACUUGGCUUUGGCCGAAGGGUCGGAGGUUUGGGGUCAGCCCCCCCAGCCCCCUCCCCCACGGCAUUUUUGGGGGGUGUGGAUUAUCUCAUCUCCGCAGGGAGGUGGGAGAGGGCGCCGGCUGCCCGCCUCCGUGCCACCUCCCUGGCGGCGCCGGCCCGCGGCAGCCCCGCAGCAUGAGGUGGUGCUGGCGGCUCGGGGUCGUGGCGCGGCCGCUGCGGCGGCUGCUGCUCGGGGGGCGCUGAGGGAGCCCCCCGGAGCGGCACGGCGGACGCGCUCAUCCUUGGCGCGCCCGGGCCUCGAGGCUUUUUUUCUCCAGCCGAGGGGACGCGGCUGUGACACGAAGACCUCGUGUGGACAGUAAUGACCUCACGUUUCCGAUUGCCUGCUGGCAGAACCUACAAUGUACGAGCAUCCGAGUUGGCCCGAGACAGACAGCAUACAGAGGUGGUUUGCAACAUCCUUCUUCUGGAUAACACUGUACAAGCUUUCAAAGUUAAUAAACAUGCUCAGGGGCAAGUUCUGUUGGAUAUAGUCUUCAAGCAUCUUGAUUUGACUGAGCAAGACUAUUUUGGUUUACAGUUUGCUGAUGAUUCCACAGAUAACCCAAGGUGGCUGGAUCCAAACAAACCAAUAAGGAAGCAGCUAAAGAGAGGAUCUCCUUACAGUUUGAACUUUAGAGUCAAAUUUUUUGUAGGUGACCCCAACAAGUUACAAGAAGAAUAUACAAGGUACCAGUAUUUUUUGCAAAUUAAACAAGACAUUCUUACUGGAAGAUUGCCUUGUCCUUAUAAUACUGCUGCCCUUUUAGCUUCAUUUGCUGUUCAGUCUGAACUUGGAGACUACAAUCAGUCAGAGAACUUGCCAGGCUACCUCUCAGAUUAUUCUUUCAUUCCUAAUCAACCUCAAGAUUUUGAAAAAGAAAUUGCAAAAUUACAUCAACAACAUAUAGGCUUAUCUCCUGCAGAAGCAGAAUUUAAUUACCUAAACACAGCACGUACCUUAGAACUCUAUGGAGUAGAAUUCCACUAUGCAAGGGAUCAAAGUAACAAUGAAAUUAUGAUUGGAGUGAUGUCAGGUGGAAUUCUGAUUUAUAAGAACAGGGUACGAAUGAAUACUUUUCCAUGGUUGAAGAUUGUAAAAAUUUCUUUUAAGUGCAAACAGUUUUUUAUUCAACUUAGAAAAGAAUUGCAUGAAUCUAGAGAAACAUUGUUGGGAUUUAAUAUGGUGAAUUACAGAGCAUGUAAAAAUUUGUGGAAAGCAUGUGUAGAACAUCACACAUUCUUCCGUUUGGACAGACCACUUCCACCUCAAAAGAAUUUUUUUGCACAUUAUUUUACAUUAGGUUCAAAAUUCCGGUACUGUGGGAGAACAGAAGUCCAGUCAGUUCAGUAUGGCAAAGAAAAGGCCAAUAAAGACAGAGUAUUUGCAAGAUCCCCAAGUAAGCCCUUGGCACGGAAAUUAAUGGAUUGGGAAAUAGUCAGCAGAAAUUCAAUAUCUGAUGACAGGUUAGAAACACAAAGCCUUCCAUCACGGUCUCCACCUGGAACUCCUAAUCAUCGAAAUUCUGCAUUCACGCAAGAGGGAACACGGCUACGACCAUCUUCAGUUGGUCAUUUGGUAGAUCAUGUGGUUCAUACUUCCCCAAGAGAAGUAUUUGUGAAUCAGAGAUCUCCAUCAUCAACACAAGCUAAUAGCAUCGUUCUGGAAUCAUCACCAUCACAGGAGUCUCCCGGAGAUGGACAGCCUCCAGCUUUGCCACCCAAACAAUCUAAGAAAAACAGUUGGAACCAAAUUCAUUAUUCACAUUCUCAGCAAGAUCUAGAAAAUCAUAUUAAUGAAACAUUUGAUGUUCCAUCUUCCCCCGAGAAACCUACUCCAAAUGGUGGUAUUCCACAUGAUAAUCUUGUUCUAAUCAGAAUGAAACCUGAUGAAAAUGGAAGGUUUGGAUUCAAUGUAAAGGGAGGAUAUGAUCAGAAGAUGCCUGUGAUUGUGUCCCGGGUAGCACCAGGAACACCUGCUGACCUCUGUGUCCCUCGAUUGAAUGAAGGGGACCAAGUUGUUCUGAUCAAUGGUCGGGACAUUGCAGAACAUACUCAUGAUCAGGUUGUCCUGUUUAUUAAAGCUAGCUGUGAGAGACAUUCUGGGGAACUCAUGCUUCUAGUUCGACCUAAUGCUGUAUAUGAUGUAGUGGAAGAAAAGCUAGAAAAUGAGCCAGACUUCCAGUACAUUCCUGAGAAAGCCCCACUAGAUAGUGUCCAUCAGGAUGACCAUUCCCUGCGGGAGUCAAUGAUCCAGCUGGCUGAGGGACUUAUCACUGGAACAGUCCUGACACAAUUUGAUCAACUUUAUCGGAAAAAACCUGGAAUGACAAUGUCUUGUGCCAAAUUACCUCAGAACAUUUCCAAAAAUAGAUACAGAGAUAUCUCGCCUUAUGAUGCUACACGGGUCAUUUUAAAAGGUAAUGAAGACUACAUCAAUGCAAACUAUAUAAAUAUGGAAAUUCCUUCUUCCAGCAUUAUAAAUCAAUACAUUGCUUGUCAAGGGCCAUUACCACACACUUGUACAGAUUUUUGGCAGAUGACUUGGGAACAGGGCUCCUCCAUGGUUGUAAUGUUGACCACACAAGUUGAACGUGGCAGAGUUAAAUGUCACCAAUACUGGCCAGAACCCACAGGAAGUUCAUCCUAUGGAUGCUACCAAGUCACCUGCCACUCGGAAGAAGGAAACACUGCCUAUAUCUUCAGGAAGAUGACACUAUUUAACCAAGAGAAAAAUGAGAGUCGUCAAGUCACUCAGAUCCAGUACAUAGCCUGGCCUGACCAUGGAGUCCCUGAUGAUUCAAGUGACUUUCUAGAUUUUGUUUGUCAUGUACGAAAUAAGAGGGCUGGCAAGGAAGAACCCAUUGUUGUUCAUUGCAGUGCUGGAAUUGGAAGAACUGGGGUUCUUAUUACUAUGGAAACAGCCAUGUGUCUCAUUGAAUGCAAUCAGCCUGUUUAUCCACUAGACAUUGUAAGGACAAUGAGAGAUCAACGAGCCAUGAUGAUCCAAACACCUAGUCAAUACAGAUUUGUAUGUGAAGCUAUUUUGAAAGUUUAUGAAGAAGGCUUUGUUAAACCCUUAACGACAUCAAAUAAAUAAGAAAGCAAAAGGUCUGGGAUAUGUGUUGGAAAACUGCUUUCCCUUCUACUCACUUUGCCAUAAUACUGCCCGCAGGAAAUGGCAUCUAACAAAUAAAAAAAAAAAAAAGAAGAAGAACUCAAAAAAACUUUGAAAACUUCAGCACUGUUGCACUUUAUGUUUUAAAAAAGUCACUCUUUCACAAUCUAUAACUCAAUGUGUUUGAAGACUAUUUCAUGCUUUGCUCCGAACAAAUAGUGAAUAACUGAGUAUGUUCAGGGUAAUUUAUGAAGUUUUGUGGUGGUGCCAUACAGUCCCCUUUUGGUAGAAUUGCCACAAGCAAGGCUCAGAAUUCUCAUCAUCUCUGUUAUACACCUAUAUCUUGAAAGCAAAAAGAAGUAAACAUCAGGAGUCAGCUCUGGU